AGGCGCUGACAAACUGGCGGUUGGGAAAGGGGUGCGUGUCACUUGAAGUGUUUGUGUGCACGCGCGUGCGCGCGCGCUCCUGCCUCACUCGACGCGGCAACCCAAAAACAAUCCGAGCAGAACCUCGACGCCCAGCAGCGGUGCACGGCGCGACAUUAACUGAACAUCUCCCAAUGUGUUGCGCUCAGCCUUUGAGUGUGCUUGUGCGAAUUUAGUGGCGACAUUUCCUGUGCACAUCCUCUCAACGGUGUCUCUAUAUGUUUUCAUUAAUGUUGGUGAUUGCAGCAUGGCUGGUGAGACCCCCUGAAUCUGCCUUUCCUGCGCCAUGGCCUCAGACCCCAUGGUCCCAUAUGAUGGGGGCCAGGGCAUGGCUGAAGUGAACACCUGCAACCUAGAGAUCCAGCGGGACUAUAAAGUUGUUCCUGCUCUUAUAUAUUCCAUAUGCUGCCUGUUUGGGAUAGUCUACUGCUUUUUUGGUUACCGCUGUUUCAAGGCUGUCAUGUUCCUCUCUGGCCUGAUGUUUGGCUCAGUUAUCAUCUAUCUGCUGUGCCACAAGGAGCGGGUCCUGGACACACAGCUGAGUGUGGAAGUUAGCGCAAGUAUAGCCCUAGGCAUCGGCUUGCUGUGUGGCCUGGUCACUAUGCUCGUGCGAAGUGUGGGCCUCUUCAUGACUGGCCUGCUCCUGGGACUGCUGUUGUGCAUGGCUGCACUCGUGAUCAUGGAACAGUUCUACACUCCAGGCACCGUCUGGGUGCCCAUGGGCAUGCUGAUUGGAGGGGGUAUGUUAUUUGCUGUACUUACCCUGCAGUGGCAGAAGAUUUUCACCAUUCUUUCCACUGCCAUUUUUGGUGCCGCCACCAUCACAGUCUGUGUGGACUACUUUAUUGAAAUGCAGCUCCUUGUUGAUUUCCUCUAUGACCGAAUCCGACUGUCACCCUCAGACCCACUCUGCUGGUACAGCUGGGUCAUCAUUUCUUUGUGGCCAGUGCUGGCCUUCUUAGGAGUCAUUGUGCAAUGGAAGCUGACUGCAGAAGGAUUCUCUCAUGCAGAAGUUAUUCUCAGCCGACGUCAGAAGAGGAUCCAGCUGAUGAGAAUCCGUCAGAAAGAUGCUAAGAAACAGCAGCAGAUGGUAGCUCAAGAAGGCUCCUACCGUCGCAAGCCAUACCCAGUGAAGCGUUAUGCUGGGGAUGUGCUGGCACCAAGCUACCUACAGAGUCUGCGGGAUCGGCAGAUGGGCACUGGCACAUCCCUGAGUAGCCUGAGCACUACUAACCACACGUUGGUGGACCUGGACUAUGAGUGUGGCUCCACUGUGCCUCUUACUGCUGCCACACCUGUGGGGCCAACUGUCUGAAGGAAUGUUUACAAACCUCCAUUAUCACCGAACAUCGGCAGCAGACAGACAUUACUGUGGAUCUGAAAGUCCGGCAAUGCUGGGGUGUUCUAAGUUCAGAGUUCACAGCAAAUGUGGAGGCCUUUGUGUAUUACCAUAACACAGCCUUGGACUUUAUUUGUUCUAUUUUUGACCAUUUUAAACAAAAUCACUUCAUGCUGGGAGUAGAAGGAGAUUCUCUUCUUUUACAGGCGCUGAAAGACCAGUGCCCUCCUUGGAAAGCUGGAUUGCAUGAGAAACAGCUGUAUUCAGUCUGAUGGUUUUGUACAUCUGGUCACAACAUUGAAGGAAUGUAUAUUUUGGGACCCCCACCCCCCAACCUUUUAGAGGAAAGGGCGAACUUGUUUGGUGACUAAAUUGGAUGUUUUUAAUUUAUUAUUUAAAACUAGUGGCCUUUGUAUCCAGUGCCUUACUGAGGUGUCAGGUUGGAUGGCUGAACUGGAAGGGAACCUGGCAGCUUGUAUUUGCACUGCCUGAGGGCCACCUUGCUACACUUGUGUGUCCACUUUGUGUCUGGUGAGCUUGGUGGCAUGCCUUGUCAGUGCACAACCCUAGUCACAUUUGCAAGAAAAUAAAGUUUAUUGAGUGUUGGAA